CCAUGUGCUGAAAGCCAGAGUCAGAAAGCAAAAGCGACUCUAAGACUCACAGGGGUCUAACAGGAAGACUGAAUUCAUUCUGAAAUACUGCAACUGAAAAGCGCUGGAAAAUGUGUAAAGGAUUAGCUGCCUUACCCCAAACCUGCCUGGAAAGGGCUAAGGAGAUCAAGUCGAAAUUGGGUGUUUUACUGCAGAAGCCAGAAAAUGCCAUCGACCUCAUUAUCCCCUACCCCGAGAAGCCGGAGAAGAAGCCGGAGAAGCUGCACAAGCCUACUCCUGAGGAGGCUGCUCAGUGGCGUGAGAGUCUGGACCGAGUCCUGACCAACAGCUAUGGUCUGACUGCUUUCCGUAGCUUCCUGCAGUCUGAGUUCAGUGAUGAGAAUAUUGAGUUCUGGAUGGCCUGCGAGGACUUCAAAAAGGCCAAGAACCCUGUGAAGAUGGCCGCCAAGGCCAAGAAGAUAUAUGAAGACUUCAUCCAGUCUGAGGGACCAAGAGAGGUGAACAUUGAUCACUUCACCAAGGAUGUGACCCUGAGGAACCUGGUGGAUCUCUCCCCUGCGACUUUUGACCUGGCCCAGAAGAGGAUCUACGCCCUGAUGGAGAAAGACUCCUUCGGUCGUUUCCUCCGGUCUGAGCAGUACCAGGAGCUCCUGGUCAAUUAAACCUGAAAGAGUUAAAGGAGCUGGGGUGGGGUGGGGUUGUGGGGUGUAGAGAUUUCAAAUAGCAGUUACAUAACCUGAAAAUAAUACUAAACUACUUACGAUAACUUUGUUUAUUCUAAUAAACUACCAUUGUGUAAGACAGCUCAAGAACUGAAUACUUUUAUUUUACAAAACAAAACAGGAAGGGUGAGAAAAUGAUAUUUCUAAAUUAUACUUCAAAUGCAACUAAAUGGAAAGACUGCCUUUUGAAAUAGCCCUACCUCCCCACCCAACACACACACACACACACACAUGUUCUUAAACUUCUAUACUCACGAAGACCUUCCAUUGACAACAAUCAACUUUUGGAUGCAAUUGCAAAGUAUGUUCAUAAUAUAAUCACUUAAAAACAUUAUCUGGCUCACACUUGUGCAUCAAGAUGUUGUUGUAGCUUUGCCAGACCUGUCUAGACAGAUGUAUAGUUUUGUGUAAGCAGGACCCUAUUGACUACCAUGCAUUCUGUAGCAUACGCCAAGGAGGACUUUCUGACAAAGAGCACUAACAAUGUCAGCAAAAAGGAGGCUUGCUCUGGUAAUGGUUUCACUAGGUGAGAAGGGAGAAUAUUACUAGUCUUGCUUUGACCUGCUCCGUAUUGUCUUAGCUAUCAACAAACAAUAUCUGGUCUGAAAGAUCCACAAAGCAUCCCAAGUAGACCAAUCCCAAUUUUGCAGUGUUCGCACUGAGAGUUCCUACAUGUACUGUAGUUACAUUUUGGAAAAGCAGCAUCACUGGUACAGCUGGACAGUACAGUAUGGAGACAUUACAGUAUGGAGAGCGUCUUUGGUAGCACAACACUGACGCAUAAGUAUAGAUUUGCCUUAAUGCAGGGCUGUUUCAGGCCAUUUUGAUGCCCUAGGCCAGAAAUCCACUAGCGCCCUUUAUAAUAAUAAUAAGCUUAAUUUAUAGAGCACUUAUCAAAACAAAGUACAAAGUGCUUCACAGAGAGAGAAAAUAAAAUACCACAGUGAUUGAUAAAAUACAUGAAGGGCAAAAGACCCCUGCCUGAAGAUCUUAGGGGAUUGAUCUCUUCAUUUAAUAUUUUCUGACAAAUACAUUAAAAAUUAACUUCUCAACUUCUGGUCUGUGUCAUGUCAUUAGCGCCACAGGGGACCGCCUAGCUCACCUAUGCCUAAAAACGGCCAUGCCUUAAUGUUGUUUUCAAUGGAAUGCAAACUUUUAGGGGUCACAUUAUAAACUAAAUCAGAAUGAACCAAAUUAAAAUAUGACUAAAGAAAAAGUAUUUUGUAGUUUUGUCAAACAAAUAGCUUGACCCCAAAAAGAUUCACCUUAAAUGUAGAUGAACGUUAAAUCCUUUCAAAACAAUACAUAACCCAGUUUUGGCCGUCCUUCCCUUGCCACAGAUAUAAAAGUCUCAUUCAGACAGACGUCAGAGUGGCAUUUUGAGUGCCUGUAAAGGACAUGACCUAUAACAUUUUCAGUCUAUGGGAGAAAACCAUUUGGAAACUCUAAAUAGUUACAACAUUAUAACAGUUACACAGCUGGCUGUUUUAAAUCAGUGGAUUAGUUUAAUAUUUUUGAGAGAUUUGUUUUCCAGCAAGGACCAAAUAUUUUUUCAAUUUAAUAAAAGAAUCUGUAACAUAGUGGGCCUUAUCAAUGUGUGACUAAUAAUUAUCACACAACUCUCUAUUUGUCUCUUCCACUCUCUCACACGGACAUAGACAGUAAGUUUGGAUUUUCACCAAACCCCCCUUUUGGUGGCGAUGCAUCCUGUGAGAGUCAUCCUUGAGAACAGUGCUGGAUGGUUGGCUCAGUGGUCGAGCUCCUUGGCUACCACUAAACUGCAAGUUGCUAAGAUGGGAAAAUCAAGUAGGAGGGAAUCUCAGAAAAAGAAGUAAUCAGAGCAGUGGUUUUAACAGAGAAAGGGUCUUUUUCCCAUGUGAUAAUACCAAAGUUGUAUGUAUGCAUGCAGAGUCACUAAAAAGGUCCAGACCUGGUUUUAGUGCACCAGUAAAAAAAACAUGGGAGACAGAACUUGCAGGUUUGCAGCACUGGACAAUGCCAAUACUGGUUAUUGAGAAUCCUUUUAUUAUGGUCUUUGAAUUACAAGCCAUGGAGCACAUCAUAUUUAAAGUCUAAUAUCAAAAGUCACAGUUGAUCAAUCCGACGUUAUAUGUACUUUUCACUUUUCUUGUGCACUUAUUUUCCAGGUUUACACGUCACACCACAAGUUAUCAUUCACUACUACAUAUUAUAACAAAACACUGGUAUUUGCCUAAUUUACACUAAGCUGAGACAUAGACGGAUGAGAUGGUGGAUUUGGUGUUGGUGUGCAAUGUUUAAGUGUCCUAAAUAUAUCAUAUCCAUCAAUAUAUCAUAAAGUGUGAUUAUAUUUACUUGUUAAUGCUUUUUUGUAUUAAACAAAAGCAUAUAUGUCUGAAUCAAGACAUGACUAUUGUUAUCUAGAUAUUCAGCAUUUUAUAAGUCCUUAUUGUUGUCUAAAAUGCAACUCUUCCGCACAAAUCUGAAAUACUGAAAAUACUAUUGAUCAGGAGUGAAUUUUUGAAUAUAUUACUUAAAAGGGCAUUGGAACGACCAACAAAUCUAAAAAAUCGGAGCAAUUUAAAAAAAAACAGCAUUGACGAGGGUUUAUGGCACAGAUUGGACAGUCUGGUGUCAUAACCUUAAGUGUCAUCAAUCAAUCAAUCAAGUCAACAAUCAUAUCACAGAAAAAUCAAUAAGGGCUUAACAGUGCUGAGUAUGCAUUAUUUGAUGUAGCCUUGCAUGUACGUUUUGGAGUCGACCACAUAAAAAUAUAUAUGCAUACAAUUCCUGAAGAUGUAUUUAUUUUUACGUGUAAAUAUCGACCAUUUACAAGCAAUUGUGUCUAAGUUAUUUUUAAAUACAACAAUGAAACCCAUGGUUCUUUGAAUGGCGAGCUGGCAAGGAUUCUUCCCAGAGUCUUUUCAUUGUUAUAAAAGAGGAAACACCUGA